AAUCGCAAAAUUGGAACAAAAACAGUUACAAGAUAGUAAAUUUUUGGUCAAUACUGCUCUUACCGAAAUAGUAAAUUCAAACGAUACCUCUACAUCUGAAAUAACCAAUGUCACAUCAAAUUCUGAUGCUCCAGCAUCUGAUGUAUCCAAUAAUGUUUCAAAUUCUGACUCAUUCUAUAAGGAUGCUAUUACAUCUGAACCCAAUAAUGUUUCAAAUCCUGAUGUAUCUGAUACUUCUAUCUCUCCUAAGCAAAAUCAUGUAAGCAAAAAAUGCCAAGAAAUUUCCGUCAUGAAUCGUGACAAUCAACAAAAAAACUUUUUGGAUCCUGUUAUAGAAACUAAAGAACAUUUAUCGCAGGAAA